AUUUAUUCCAACAUUUUGAUAUAACAUAUAUUUUGCAGGACCAGAUGAUGGCGAAUUUAUAGAAGCGUGUGGAAAGCAGUACAUUUUUUCAAGAACUCCUAGAUUCAACCAAAAUACGACACUAACAUUUUGCUGCACGAAACACAUGAGUGCUGGAAGUGUUUCUUCUUUGGACGAUGCCAAGUGUUUGGCCCGCGAAAUGAUCAAAAGAAAUAUUAGUGACGUGCCUUUCUGGACAAGCGCGAGGCCGAGCAACUGCUCUGAUUUUUCCACGUGGUGUGCGCUGGACGGGUCGGGAGAAGUCGUUGACCAAGCUUCAUUGCAGAUUAUCAACAAAAGUAUCAACCCUAAGAAGCAAUUUGUUACAGUGAAGGCGAAUGUGCAGACAGAGUCUCUGACUUUUGAAUUUGAAGACCCUGCAGUCUUGGCCAGAGCUAUGUGUUCGCGACCGAGCUCUCAAACUUGCACAGAAUCGCUGUGUUCUCCUAUGGGUUUUAAAGAGCAGUUUGAUCAUACAAAGAGCCUUCAUAAAACAGCUUUUUACAGGGCAGAUUGUAAAUACAUGUAUGGCUGCAAUAAAAUAUUUGACUUGUGUUACAUGCCAAGCCCGCGGCCCUACUAUUUGGCUUCUAAAUGGGGUCAAGCAACCUCUUUAGAGUAUCGCAUGGUAUUACUUACACUGGAGACUGAAGAAAAAAUGGAUUGCAUAUUAAAACUUUUGAAAGCAAACAACAUGAAGACUGGAACUUUUCAUGUCAAUGCUGUGUCCUUCGGCUGCCCAAAAUCAAACAGAUGGUGCCAAAUUCCUGAAGAUCCCAUUCUAAACAACUCCUACAUUCCUUGGGGAAAAGGAGAACCUAGCAUGGACCCGUCGAAGGAAUGCGUCUUAGUGAAGUACGAUGCGGACAAAAAAUCUCUCACGUUUACCAAAAAUUCUUGCAAAGAUGCUACUAAUCUGCGUAUUGUACAAACUAUUGAUUCUUUUCCAGAACAUUCAUUUGGAACAUCUUAAAUCAAAUUGUUUAUUGUCUAGAGAGAAGGGAUAAAUAGUUUUUAAUGAUA